AUGGCACGUCUCCGACGAUGCCUAUUUGUAGCACUGAGUCUCAUUGGGCCGUCUUAUCAGAAAGACCCCAUUGUCGACUUCUGUCGACGAUGGGCCCACCAAACUGCACAGGUCGACGGGAGGUUGUACAUUGACGGCGGAAUGGUAGACUGGAAUCCGGAGAGCAUGAACUACACAAACACAUGGCUACUUUUUAGCGAUCUCAACGCCUCAACGCUAGGGCUCGGCCAGCCUCCGCAAUACGCAAAUCUUUCCAAGCCUUCUGACAUUCCGAGUGUCUCUGGGGGCAUACUUUGGCCCGACGAAGCCAACAAGUGCUUCUACCAAUUUGGGGGAGAGUUUACAGCUGGACUGCCCAGCGAAUUCAGCAUGCACACCUACGACGUGGUCCUCGACCAGUGGAAUCUGACUGGGAACAAGGCGGCUGGUGUCUUCACCACGCAGCGAGCAGCUUAUGGCGGCGGCACACAUAUCGAGGGCUUGGGCUUAGGAUUCUACUUGGGAGGGUGGAUGAGCAACCAGACAAGUCCGGACUGGACUGGCCCUGCGGUCGCGACCGCUGACCUGAUUCGCUUCGAGUACAGCACGGGGCUUCUCUACAACACUAGCGGGCCCGAAGACAACGUGGGAAGAGCAGAGGGACAGAUGGUCUACCUGCCAGUGUCGGAUAGUGGUGUGCUUGUUUACUUUGGUGGCAUUGAAGAUCAGCAUCAGAAUGGAACCGCCGCACCGGCAAAUAUGAGUAACAUCCAUAUCUACGAUGUUGCCUCGUCAAAGUGGUACACCCAGACUGCCUCUGGUAGCAUACCUGAGGCGCGCCGGCAGUUUUGCGCAGGCGUCACCUGGGCUGACGACCAGUCCUCAUACAACGUUUACUUGUAUGGCGGACAUGGCUUCGGAGACUCGCCCGGUUUCGAUGAUGCCUACAUCCUUACGAUCCCAUCUUUCACGUGGAUAAAGGUGUUUCCCACCGCGAACAAUACUGCAGAGUACCCUCACGGGGGUUGUAGCGCAAAUGUGGUGACCAGAGACCAGAUGCUGAUCAUUGGGGGCUGGUUUCCUGAAUCUGACCAAUGCGACUCACCCCAGAUACAAGGCCAGCAUUUAAUGAAUUUAGGGUUCAAUGGAGAAAAGCAAGCCUUGUGGGACAAAUAUGAUCCAUCGCUUUCCACCUACUCUGUGCCAACACCGGUCAUUUCUGCAAUUGGCGGAGGGCCUACUGGUGGAGCUACAGUAACAGCCCCAGUGUCGUGGGACAACCCUGAUUUAGCCGUGUACUACUCACUAAAGGCUCCUUCUGUGUCUCGAACAGCAACGCGCAUUCUGCCUUCAAGGAGCGGCACUUCAUCGCCUCAAGGUUCAAACAAAGUUAAAGUGGGUGCAAUUGCGGGCGGCAUUGUGGGAGGCCUUGCUGCACUCAUUGCUAUACUGAGCCUCAUACUGUUCUGUCUGCAUCGCCGGAAGAAGACCGAAAAGAGGAAGGACGGACAGGUAUUCGAACUGCCAGCUCCAGUCGAGCUGGGAGUCACUACACCAGCACAAGAGAUGCCAGCGUAUAACAUGGGCAAGUACAUACCACUGGAUCAGCAGCAGGAACACACGUCUCUCUACUCUGGGGCGACGUUACCACACUCGCCUCACUCGCUCUAUGCACAGCAGUCAACCACGUCGGCGUCGCCACCCCAUUCCACUCCCUAUGGCUCUCCGCAUAAUGCUAGCUAUGCACAGCCAGCAUAUCCUCCAAACACGCAUUCCCGAUCGCCAAAUUGGGAGCAAGCACAGUACUCUUCCACUGUAGACUCGUGGCAUUCACAACAAGGCCAGUUUUCGCCAGCGUUAGCUUCUCAUCUCCCGUAUGCUCCACCACAAGAAGCGCAGCUCUAUUAUCCACCUCCGCGAGAGCCAACCUAUCACGCAACGACUAGCCAUCCAGCCGGUGAUGGCAAUCGUACACUUGUGCAACACGACGACAAGGCAUCUCCGUCGCCGCAACCGAUCAGCACGAUGCCCACACCCACACAGUUCUAUGCCCAACCUGUUCCGGUAGAUGGUCAAGCCAAGCCAGGAUACGUACAGGCACUGCCCAACGAGGGGAUGUACGGAGACAGUCUGGAGCCUCAAAGACGGCCAAAAUACGGGCGAUUUGUCGAGGUGGAUCAUACAUAG